AUGUCCAUCAACGCGAACGAUGGUCGUAGCCUAGCCGGCUUCCAGAUGCAUGUUGACCACGACGUACCGAAACCCAAGGACAGCGCUUUCGAGUACGAUGACGAAGCCAUCCAGACAAGAUUCCAGUACGCACGUGGUUUGAAGGGAAGAUCCAACAUCACGCCAAGACAACUUACAUUUGCGGGAAAAUACGAGGCUGCUACCUCAAACGCAUUACAAGUCAGGCGAGAUUCCCGGGCCAGUGCGCAGAGACUGGUAAACGCGUACCGAGAAGUGUGGGAGCUUGACACGUGGGCCGACAAAAACCCUUCGGCACUUUGGAUACCAUCGGAGCUCGCCGCGCAUCUCAUGCAACAUGUACGGAAACUGAAGGAGACCGAGUUCUAUUGCAGAUACGGAGAAUAUCUCAAGCAGCAACCGAAGGGAGCCAAAGGUGUUACCAAGGAGCAUCAGCAGAGUCCAUCUGAUGAUAUUGCUCAACUGCAAGCAUACUGGAAGGAACUCCAGCAGAAGAUUGUGAAGGAGAGAUCCAACAACGGCCCCGAGCCCGUCACAAUGGCACUCAGAAGUGUUGCGGAAGCCAUGGACAUUGAUUCACACCGUCUAUUGCGAUCCUGCGAGACAUAUGCUGAGGGAAAACGUGCAGAAUUCAAGUCUGCCCUAGACGAGCUGUUUGCUCAAGGCGCCAUGGCCAAGAUUGCUUGUACUCUGUACCACGAUCUCAAAGAACUUACUUCCCUUUUCCCAGAGGCAGACGAGGAUGAUCCACAAAGAACCCAGGAUAUGCAGGCCUUCAAGGGGAUGAUUACAGCCUGGAAAGACGUGUUCUUCACCGUCAGCGCAAUGGGCGAGGAGGACCAGCCGGAAUCAUGGAAACCUACAGCGGCAGCCAAAAAGCUUCGGCAAAAGGCGCGUGGCGGCCAGAACAUACGUGAGGCUCUCUGGGAGACAGUCGUCACGCGAAAGAAGGAGCUCGAGAAAACCCUUCAGGAUGUCCAGGCAGCCUGGGCUGAUUUCCAACUCGAGAAGACAAGAUCCUCAGAGUCGAACCACAACCAGGUCCACUACGACGACGAUGAUGAUGACGACGACGACUCCGACGAAUCCGAGGGCUUCACGGGACAAAAUCCCCGUUUCCACAAUUUGACAGCUCGAACGCGAGGAUAUGUGGAGCGGCUUUUGACCGGGAACCUCGCCGCGACGGAACGUCGACUCAAGGAGUUGGACUUCGUGGAGGGAUACUGA